AUGACAACUUCUACACCCGAGAGAGUCAGCAAAAGAAAGGUUGCCAUCAUCACAGGGACAAACAGCAACUUAGGUCUCAAUAUUGCGUUUAGAUUAAUCGAGCAAGUUGAACCUAAUAUCAAUUUAACUCUUAUUGUUACUUCACGUACUUUACCAAGAGCUCAGGAAGUAAUAGACCAAAUAAAGCAUUUUGUCGAAACAAACCUAGAACGUGAUGACGUUUUAGUUAAUUACGACUACCUAUUAAUUGAUUUUGCAGAUAUGAUUAGUAUAUUAAAUGGCUUUUAUGAUGUUGUGAAGAAAUAUAAGGCUAUUAAUUAUUUUUUUGCUAAUGCUGCACAAGGCACUUAUAAAGGAAUUCAUUGGUUUAAAGCAAUUAAACAAGUUUGUCAGGAACCAUUAGAAUCUGUUACCACUCCUAACUAUCGAAUGCAAUAUGUGGGUGUCAAAUCUAAAGAUGAUAUGGGCCUUGUAUUUCAAACUAAUGUAUUUGGUCCUUAUUAUUUUAUUCAAAAAUUAAUGCCCUUGUUAGCAGCAGGGAAUGCAAGGAUUAUUUGGAUUUCCAGUUUAAUGUCCAAUCCUGAAUAUUUAUCAAUGAAUGAUUUACAACUGAUUAAAUCUGAUAUAUCAUAUGAAGGCUCUAAGAGAUUGAUUGAUCUGAUACAUUUAGGUACAUACAAGCAAUUGAGAGAGAAAGGCGUCUAUCAAUAUGUAGUACACCCAGGUAUUUUUACCAGUAAAUCUAUGACAAAAUUCUUAAAUGUAGUAUCAUUUUAUGGUAUGAUUUUACUAUUUUAUUUAGCCCGUUAUUUAGGCUCCGUUUGGCAUACGAUAAAUGGAUAUAAAGCUGCUAUUGCACCAUUACAUGCGGCAAUGAUGUCUACUGAAUAUGAACAAGAUCAAAGACUAAAAUUUGGUUCUGCUACAUACAGAGAUGGCUAUGAGCAUGUAAUAACCGAGGAAAUAGAUUCAACUGGUGCUACAGACGUCGCUAAAUACUUUCAAGAAUUAGUGAACGAAUGGGACCAAAAGUUAAAAGAUCAAAUUGUAAAUACUAGAAAGCCCAUAUAA